GCUAACUCGCAUGUCAGGGGGCGGUUCCUCCUUCUCAAGCAGCAGGCUCUGUUCUUGUAGUUUCCGUGAUUAACUCAACUAGCACUCAUUUGUCUGUGGGGCGAUCGCUGUGCUGUGCUGUGCUGUGCUGUGCUGUGAAGUUAUGUGACACGUGAUCAAGUGCGAGCUCGACGUUUCGUACGCGUGCUCAGCAGGCUGUGUGUGGCACUCUCCAAUCUAUGCAUCCUACUGUGUACUGGUGGCAAAGGUCGGGCUGCUGGAGCCGACAAUAGUUACUACGACGACGACAACGACGAAGGUUCACGACCCCCAAUCAGCUCGCGAACCACGCGGAGUACACCAUCAAAUCAAAAGCUCCUCGGAGAUCUGGUCCACAAACAGAAGCUGCAGGCUGUGUUAUGGGAAACUGAACGCCGCAUACGAGGGCGAGAGAGGGGAGUCACACCAGCGGGGAGGGGAGGACUAUCCUCCUUCAGCCAGCCACUGGCUACGUCACCGCCCCUACCACAAGCCAAGGGGAGAGAACCCUCGGCCAAUAAGAGACGGUUAUUCUUAUGAUGUCAUCAGAAGAGGAAACCGAAUGUUUCGGGUUGUAUGGAGAUAAACUGUUGAAGAAGGCUAAACGAACGAGACAGCGCGUGGACGCAGGAGAACCGAGGAAUAGCUACUCAUCAAUUCCUAACUUCAGUUCGCGGCCCACUUUCCUCGGUGGAGGGUUAUACGGCGCCAUCUUCAGCCAGAGCCAUCAGCACUUCGGUCUCUUCGGACCGGGCUUUGGGUCCGCCAAGAUGCUCAACGAGCUGCUGGGUCGCCAGGUGAAACAGGCGGCAGACGCAGCGUCCACACCGGACAACAUGAUGACCAUGGACUCGGCCAGUAGCGACGGCAAAGUCAACUACGAUUGUCUGAACGCCACUUCGGUUAUACGCAGGGGACUCGACGAGGACGGGAGCCCUCCCCCUCAUGAUAUCGCGCAUCACAUGUUGAGAGACAUUUUACAAGGUCGCAAAAAGGAUCUGAUGCAACUGGAGCAGGAACUGCGCGGUGUGAGUGUGAGUGGAAACAGCGGAGAGGCGAACUCGCCCGACAACAACAACAGUAUAAACAACAACAACAACGAACUGAAAAACGGUGGUAUAGUGAGUGCGGGGGGUGGUGAUACUAGUGACACGGAGACCGGUGGAGGUGGCUGCAAGCCGCUCACAGUGAACGGGGGCGACAUGAACAUGGACACUUCGGAUGUGAACAGCGCAGAGGACGAGGCCGCCGCUGCUGCCGCCAUGGAGGAGGCGCUCAGUGAGGUUGGCGUCGUGUCUAAGCAACAGCAGGCAGAGCUCAUGGAAGAUGCGCUGAACAGCAUGAAUGGAGGCGGUGCCUCAGAUUCGGAACCCUCCAUGGCGUCGCCAGCGUCUGAGUCUUUGGCAAACCCUAAGGAUGACGUUGAUGCCGAGACGCCCGGGACCGCCGACCUGAACAAAGAGCAGGAAUCACCGUGCGCACCACCUGUGGCACAGAAACCAGAGCAACUGGAGCUGAAGCGUGCGCGCGUUGAAAAUAUCGUGUCGUCCAUGAGGUCCAGUCCGGCCCUGCCCGUCGUCAACGGCUGCAAGAAGCGCAAGCUCUACCACCCCCAGCAGCACGAUAAUAGUGCCGAGCGCUACAACUCCUCGGGCUAUGGACUCGGGCUCGGACUUGGGCUAUUGCUGGACGACGAUGACGAGAUGGAGCCUCCGGAAGUGCGUCAGAAGCGCGUCGAGAAGAAUGCGCUUAAGAGCCAGCUGCGAACAAUGCAGGAGCAGCUGGCUGAGAUGCAGCAGAAGUACGUACAGCUGUGUACACGAAUGGAACAAGAGUCAGACUGCCAGGACACGGAGGAUGUUACCAGCGACCUGGAGCAGGACGGUAACAGUAUGCCCAUGCCGGACAAGCCAAUCACGACGCCUGUUACGACUCCCGUCACGACGCCCAUGAAAGAGGUUGUACCCUGCUCACCCAUCAGUAACCAACCAGGACUUUCUCCUGCGGUGUCGAAAUUGGUGUCCGCCAAAUUACAUCCUCAUCAAAAUGUCUCUCAUCCACCCCCUCACCAACAUCCUUUGCUCCCAACGCUGAACGGUGGUUUAUCGCUCCUUCAACAGCAGCAGCAGCAUCAACAACAACAGCAUCAACAGCAACAGCAACCCCCUCAUGGUCCUCAGCAUGAAUCCCACACCCAGCCCUCACUCCCACAUCACCACCAGCAGCAUCACCACCAUCACCAUGCCAUCAGUAAUGCGGCAGCUAUGUACCUGGGCGUCAGCCACAAAAUUUUCCUUGAGAAUGAGGCCCGUCUCGCGAAAGACGCGGCCGUCGCGGCGGCGGUGGCGGCAGAACAGCAGCACCAACACCAGCAGCAGCAACAACAGCAGCAACAACAACAACAGCAGCAGCAACAACAACAACAGCAACAGCAGCAGCAACAACAACAGCAGCAGCAGCAACAAACACAACAGCAUCCAAACCAGAGCCAACAGCAGCAUGGCGGGGGCCCACCCGGUCCGCCCCAGCUGCAGGCUAACCACCCCCACCAGCCGCCACCGCCUAGCCAGCAACAGAUGCCCAAGAGCUCAUCCGUCUCCACGGACUUCUCCGAGCGCUUCUCUCUGUUUCGUAACAAUGUGAGCGCCAUGGCGCCAGUGUCCGGCUCCGAUCUCGAGGGCCUGGCGGAUGUGCUCAAGACAGAAAUCACGGCUUCGCUCACGAAUUUAAUAGAUUCCAUCGUGGCUCGCUUCAUGCAGCAGCGUCGCUUCUUGGGAAAGCAGUCAGAGGUGGCAGCGGCGGCGGCAGCAGCCGAGCAGCUCAACAAGGACCUCCUGAUGGCCUCGCAGCUACUGGAUCGAAAGUCGCCCCGUACAAAAGUCAUAGACCGAGGGAGCACAACUGGGGGAAGUGGAGGUGGCAUUGUAGGUGCCCCCAGGAUAAACGGCAAUGCGUUUCCAACACUCGGAAUGACGCACGCAAAUAAUAAUCCUGAAAACAACAUCAACACCAUGAACCUACCCCAUGUGAGGCCAUCGCCCACGGCGGCAAUGUUUCAGCCUCCGAAGGCCCCUGGAAGCGUCAACAAUUCUGCAGGGGCGGGGCUGUAUUCAUCUAUGAGUGGUCUCGGGGGCCCUCACAUGAACCCGUACUGCAUGUCCGAAGGGCGUGAAGGCAUGCCCGAGCAGAACGAGGCACUAAGCCUUGUGGUGACGCCCAAGAAGAAGCGUCACAAGGUGACAGACACCCGCAUCACCCCUCGAACCGUGAGCCGCAUUCUGGCUCAGGACGGCAUGACAGUGACCACUGCGGGUCCCAUGCCGGACGGAACCCCGACGAAUAAGUAUGGCAACCUCAUGGCCUCCACAAGCGGAGGUGGUGGCGCAGGCGGCGCAGGAAGUGGAGCGGACUCACCACCACCGCGUCCGUACCAUCCGCCCCCGCCACCCAUCCUCCCGGUGUCUCUACCCACGUCAGUGGCCAUCCCCAACCCAAGCCUGCACGAAUCGCAGGUAUUCUCACCCUACAGCCCGUUCUACAACGCGCACCAUCAGCAGCAGCAACAGCAGCAACAACAACAGCAACAGCAGCAGCAACAGCAACAACAACAGCAACAACAACAGCAGCAACAGCAACAACACCAGCACCAACACAUGGCAUCCUCGAGUCCGCCGGGGGGCAUUGGUGUAGGCACUGGGGACCCACGGGAUUCACCGCCCCUGCCGCACCCCCCGACGCUCCUCCAUCCCGCUCUCCUGGCGGCGGCGCAACACGGCGGCUCUCCGGACUACGGCCACCUGCGCGCCAGCUCCGGCAUGGGGGGCGGUGCAGAUAGCGUCGACCGGAACUCAGACUGCAACUCAGGGGACGGGCCGUACGACGGCAUCCAACCAACAAUAUCCUUUAGCAAUACAUCCACGCAGAUAACGAGUUACCACUCUUCAACCCUCACUCCGAUGCACCUGCGGAAAGCCAAGCUGAUGUUCUUCUGGGUGCGCUACCCCAGUUCGGCCGUCCUCAAGAUGUACUUCCCUGACAUCAAGUUCAACAAGAACAAUACAGCUCAGCUCGUCAAGUGGUUCUCCAACUUUCGGGAGUUCUACUAUAUCCAGAUGGAGAAGUACGCGAGACAGGCAGUCAGCGAAGGUGUCAAGAAUGCAGACGACCUUCAUGUAGGAGGGGACUCAGAAAUAUACCGAGUACUCAACCUUCACUACAACAGGAACAACCACAUAGAGGUAUGGGGUCCACAGGUUCCCUCCAAUUUCCGAUUCGUGGUGGAACAGACGCUCCGGGAGUUCUUCAAGGCAAUCCAGGGCGGCAAAGACACGGAACAGUCGUGGAAGAAGUCUAUCUACAAGAUCAUCUCCAGAAUGGAUGAUCCUGUCCCCGAGUACUUCAAGUCGCCCAACUUUCUUGAGCAACUGGAAUAGCUGCAAGAGUAGGAAGCGGCCUCCUGCGAGAACCAGCAGCAAGGAUCUAGUCGGGUCUGCUCCUGGAUCGACGCGUCCUAACCGCCUCAACACAAGAUUGCUUCCGUUCAGCUAGCUAUUCUUGCUUGUCUUCUCUGUUCUGUUGCGCUACGUACGCUGCUGUUUCUCUUCCGUUAUCUGUUACUUCUCCCUGGCUCCUUGCCGCCACGGACUCCUCGUCUCUGCAGCCAAUGGGAAGACAGCCCAGCAGAGGGCUGACACAUCUGUAAACUGUUUCGUUGAGGCAAUUCAAUGGUAGACUGCCCACAAUCUUAUCUACCAAAGACUAUAUUGUCUAUUAUUGUAACAUAAUUCUUAUUGUUGAAUCCUGUGACUAAGUCCAAGACAACACCAGAAGGUAACUGACUCCGGGACUGGACUGGUUAGCUUGGGGUGCCGUGGAGAGGUGCUUCUUUGUACAUAUUAUGUGCCGAUCCCCGACCCAGGGGACCCAGCUGGCCUGUUGCCUUGCCCCUGACCCCAAGAACCUGUCUCGGGUGUGUAUUGAGAAGAAGUGCCUUCUCAAACCUUCCAAUUAAUAUUGUCUAUCAAACUUGUGGGCAGUUCAUUGUGUAAAUAAUGUUUAUGUAAUUUUAAUUUAAAAAAAAAGAGAGUCUAGGCUCAUCUUGUAAAAUGCACAUCUGCUAUUUGAGUAAUAUGGUACAGAUAAUACAUGACCAAAGAACUCGCUGUAGUGAAGAGGUUGGGGUUUGUUAAAUCGUGUGCUAGUCGUUGACUAAAAAAAAAAGUGUCGAAAUGAUCCGUUGAUAGUUCACACCGAAUUCGUUUUACGAAGCUAAACAUAUGUAAAAAAAAAAGUAUUGUUAAUUAUUAUAUUAUUAUUUCUUUGCCAAAAGAAAACACAGCGUGCACCAAUUAGCACAGUCCUUUAGUUGUAGUUAUGAAUCACGUGAUCUCACGCCGUCACGAGCCAUCAUUACGCCAGCCAGCCAGCCGGUCAGUCAGUAAACCGUACUACCACCAAGCUGCACCUAUGCAAUGAACAUUAUGGCACAGUAGCUGCUGGCCCUAUAAAAAGGAGAACCGACUCCUUUCCUACUAUUUAUCAUGGUGAGUUUCCUAGUCAAACUACCCCAUUGUCUCUUAGGUUAAACUCAGUAUUUAUAUCCAGUGGUGAAAACGUAAAAAAAAAUGCCUUCUGAUGUUGAUCGACAAUGUAACUGAUUUUGUGAUAUAUAUACUUGAUUGAAUUUUACACUAAAGAAAUUUUGAUAAUUGCUUUUGAGUAAAAAGUAUAAAAAAGCUAAUGAAAAGAGAAAACUUUUUUUAAAAAAAAAUGUAAAGUAUUGUGUUAAUACGUGCGUCGGGAAGAAGCUGAAGAACGGAAGAUCAGUGAGUGCGCGGCAAGUCGGGGGCCGAACUCAGUAUCAAUGUGACGGUUAGUGGGGAAAACAAGACACUCGCGAGUGAAGACAGGACUUCAGUACAAAAGAAACACAAAAGUAAAUAAAAUAUAGAAUAUUUUGUCUUGCGAGGCAGACGGCUGGAUGAUGAUAGUGGACGCUCCAGCUAGCUGGCCAUAUUCCCUCUCAACACACUUCUUCAACAACCAGACACCAUCCAUAGCAAAGAAGCAGCGCGAAAACAGUUUACAGAUAUGAUUUAUCAGUUGUACAACCCGAACCAACAGUUGGUCACUUCUGCAGUGGAGCAUCUGUAGUCCUCGGUUCUCCUUACCCUCAGUAUUACUGGUACAUCCACGUGGCAGGCAGAAGCAGAUCCCACCAGCCGGCAUCCUGCCGACGUAUCGACUAAUAUACUAGAGAGAUAGGGAAAGUAUAUAAUAAAUAAGUUAUAUAAAUAAAAAUAUGAGAUAACUAGAUGUGGAGAUGGAUGGAUGACAAAGGAGGAGAUGAAGCAAAAACCAAAGUGUCCUUUAAGUUCCGGAUUGUUGAGUUCGCCAACUGGUUACCAUAAAGGAAAGGUGGCUCAACAGUUUCAGUAUCUAGUCACCACUUUAACCAAAAAAUAACUAAAAUCUCUUUGUCAGCAGCAAGCAGAUGGAAAUCAAAUCUUGUCUCACACACACAUACAUACAUACACACAUAGAGCCGAGUCGUGGAUCGCAGUAUGGCUACUCCUUCGUUUCUUUGAUGCUCCAUCACAUCACAUCAUCACGAUGCAUAACAGCCGCAGCGGCGUCUCACAAACCAAACUACGCCCACCACUUCCUUGACAAGUCCCCCCACCUCCGGCCCUGAAAUGGGCCCGAGCCGUCCCGUCGGCCGGCCGGGCACCCCCACACCCCACACCCGGGUAGACACGAAGGCUAGGCGGGCCCCUUCCGCUCCCCACGGCUCGCCCAUGCCCCACCAUACAUUGCUGUUUUGCGCAGUGCAAACAAUGUUGCCAGUGCAUAUACUGGAUUUGAGUUUUGUUUAUUCUCUCCAUAGAACUGACAUUGUUGACUCCUGCUAUGUGAUUGUUGCCCUGUAGAUUUUACCGUUCCCCCAUGGUUGUUGUAGCUUUGACAGGGAGCAAACCCUUACUAAGGUGGUGGUGCGGUGAGGAAUGUUUUUCUGUUGGUUGUCACAUAAACGUUUUUGUUCCCAAGCAGCGCUUCUGUUCACUGCAAUAGACAACAUUACUCAUCACAAGUUCUUUGAGAUACUACGCAAAUACAGUUUCUUUUGUUUCUGCACAGUGGCCAUUCGGAUAAUUUUCCUUCAAGUUUUCACAAGGGUGCUAUUGUUUUGAAAAUUUUGUCCCUCCAUUAAAAUGUAGCAAUACUUGCAUCAAAAGAUACAGAUUUGGCGUGUUUUUUUCUGCUUGCGUUACAAUACAGUUUUCCUUUCACAAGAACACAAAAAAAAAGGUCUUGGCAAUGUUUAGGAUCCCUGUUCAAACCUCGUCACGGAAAGUACAAGCUUAGUUAAAAGCACCUUCGCGCCUUAUCUUUAUGAAAAAAUAAAAAUUGAGCAAAAUGAAGUUGUGUGUAAUUUUUAACCAAAAUCUGCCUUACAUUCUAUUUUCUUAAAAAACCUAGUGUCAUCAUUUGCUCUAGAAGAAAAACAAUUCUCACGUGUCAGGAAAACAAUUUUUUUGGUCGUCGUUAUGUUUUCCAUUAAUCUAACAGCAACUCACUACUCUUAUUAUCACUGGCAACUGCCCCCCUAGGGUUGCUUCCGACUAUUACCGUUUGUACGUUCGUUAUAACAUAACAGGCUGUUUCAGAAUCUUCUAGUCCAUUACACAAACAUAGUCAUUCUUUUGAGUGUGAGAUGUAGUAUAUGUAAACUGUUGGUAACCUUUGAGCGUUCUGGGUUAAGUCCUUCACGUUAUGUUUCAGUUGGUUGCCGACUGCAGCAGACCACACAUCAUGUAUCUGUUAUAUCAGUAACAGUUUAUUUCACAUGUUAACGAUGCGUCACACACAUUGUUUAUGAAACAGAAUUGGGGCUAUUGUACUUUUAUUCUGUGUGCCCCGUUUGAUCUUAAGUUGUAACCAAACUGCGCAUGUGACGAAGUCGUACCUUGUCCAGUUAACUUUCUGGAGACUGCGAGUGGAAAUUCUGCGAAGUGUUCUCAAUUUUAAAAUAGCUAUUUGGACAUGGAACCAUACACAGCACCGCGCUUGCAAUAGACUGAAGGCAACUGAACAAAACUCUGAUAUUCAACAGAUAUACAAAAUAUUCCAGCUCUAGGCAUCCACUCAAAUCAAAUUCAUUCACAGGGCCAACUCGUCCGAUCUAAAGUGCCUUCAAAAAUGUUAAUUUUUUUAGAUAAAAAAAAACAAAAGGGCCCUAAAUAGACCGUUCUCGCCCCACCAAAACAUUUUACAUAAUUUUCACUCCGGUCUCCUGAUUAUCUAAUCAUUUUGAAGGACCCAAACGCAAAUUCAAGCUAUUAAGAUUGUUAUGCUGAGAAAUACAAGAUAAUUCCGUUUACUGGUAUUAUUACAGAAGUAUUUGCAUAUUUAAUUUAUUGGUUCUUAUUUUAAACAUUGUAUUUACAGAGGUUUCAUGUGUCAUGCAUGUAAGAAACCAUAUAUCCAUGGUAUAGCAAUUACUCUAGUUUGUAGGAAUACAUGAUUAUAAUUAUAAGAA